CAGGUGGGUUUUAUUUAAUUGAAGUAGAUAGCGCCCACUCUUGAACGUAAUGAAAUACUUUUUAUUGUUAACCCUCGCUAUAGCAGCUUGUGCUGCGAGCGCAAUUAAAGACCCGGUUUCGGGUUCUAAGGAUAGCAGCAGGUACUUUUAUUUUCCGGGAGAUGGAGACGACACUUUACACCUUGUGGAUGCUGAAGAACCAGUAGACUUCGAAUACAUUGAGAGCUAUAACAGAAACCCAGACAACAAUGGAUACUGGCUUUACACCAGAAAAAACCCAUCCAUAGCCCAGGUAUUGAAGUUCGGUGACGCUAACUCAGUUUGCCAUUCCAACUUCGAUUUCUCAAAAGUUACAGUAUUUUUGGCUCACGGUUGGAACGGAUAUGGUGGAAACAAGAUGAAUAGGUUACUAGUCGAAGCGUUUCUUCAAAAUGGUGACGUCAACGUUAUCGUUCUCGACUGGAGCGAACUCGCCAACAGAGGCUAUACAACCGCUAGAAGCGGUACUGCAGAAGUUGGUCGAGGUCUUGGACAGUUCGUGAACUGGCUCGUCCAAUUGGGAUUCUCAUACGAAAGAGUCCAUUUAGUAGGCUUCAGUCUUGGAGGGCAUUUAGUAAGAAACGCUGGAAGGGAAACUGGUUCUCUAGUCCGAAGGAUCACAGCUCUGGACCCUGCUGGACCUCUAUGGGGCUGGGGUAGAGACCACAUCGCGAAAACAGAUGGCCAAUAUGUAGAAGUUAUUCACACAGACACAGACCUUCUUGGCUUCAAGGAUCCUUGUGGUGACGCAGACUUUUACCCUAACGGUGGAUCUUCAAUGCCUGGAUGCUGGAUCAAUUCGUGCUCGCACAGUCGUGCCUACGAGUACAUGGCUAGUUCUGUCAAAUACAACCACCUCUAUGCCAAUGAAUGCGCCUCUCUUAGAGAAGCUACUCGCAACAAUUGUAAGGGUGCUGCUUACCCUAUGGGUAACGCCGAUCUCCUCAAAACCAGAUCUGGUAUCUUCAGAGUAAACACAGGCAGAAAUUAUCCUUACUAAACGGAAACUAUUAUCUGAAUCCCAAGGAACGUGGCCCACCUCUAAUUUACCUAUUAAUUUAUUAUCUAUCUAAUUAUUAUUAAAUAAAAUGCAAUUCAAAAUAGGAAUCAAA